AUGAGUGUACCCUAUUUUCGAAAAACUCCGUGUACAUUCUAUUUUAUUAUUGCUGCUAUACAUGAGUGUGGUCAAUUUAUGACUGCUCUUGGUCCGCGUGUCAUUGCCGCAUAUUUGGAUGUUGACAUGACGCGCACUUCUGUCGUUUGGUGCAAGCUUCGUUAUUUUUUACUUUCAAGUUUUAGUGAAAUUCCUUUGAUUUGUGCAUGUUUGUCUACUAUUGAUCAGUUUCUAAUUACAUCGCAACAUGUUCGGUUUCGUCAAUGGAGCAGUAUUAAAAAUGCAUAUCGAGUUUCUUUGUCCGUUGUUAUCAUCUGGUGGCUUCAUGGUACUCUUUGGUUAUUUUAUCAGAAUAUGUCACCGAUUACAGGCGUUUGUAUUUAUACCAAUGAUGUAUUUUAUGCCUAUACUGGGUUUUUUCUCGGUAUUGUUCUCUGGGGUACCCCUAUUAUAAUAAUGACGAUAUUUGGAAUAUUAGGUUAUCAAAACGUAAAAAAAACAACUGUUCUCGCGCGUCUACGUCUUAGUCCAUUUGUUAUUUAUAAUGUUUAUGCAAUUAUUACGGUGAAUGUUGAAAAGAAUGCUGAUCGAAAAGCCAAGGAGUCAUUGACUUCUAACAUCACUUAUCUUUUUUGUUCAAUCGCUUAUGCAGGACGAUUCUAUCUUCUCAUGUUCUCAUCACUUCGUUUUCGUCGUACGGUGAAAGAUCAAAUCUUAUGGUGGCGACGACCGCGACACAUUGUUCCUUCGCCAAGAUAA